UCGUAUAUCUUUUAAAUAAGAAACAUAUAUAUAUAUAUAUAUAUAUAUAUAUUGCUUUAAAUUUGAAAUUUUGAAAAUGAGUGCUCCAAUAAGUACAGCUAUGGACAGCUUAACAGCUGCAAUUAAAUCUAACAUAAUUCCAAAUCAAGAAUAUUUAUUACAAGGAUCAGUGUUGGACAGUGCUGUAGAAGUGUUACUUCACAGGUUACGUGGUUUAUGUGAUAAUGUUGACACUGGACCAGAAACCUUUUAUGACCAUGAAAUGUGUUUCAGUAUCAGGGGAUCAGAACAACCGUUGCUUUUGCAUGUGAGAAGAGCUUUAGAUUAUCAAGACAUGCCUUGGCAAUUACGUUAUAUCGGUCAACCUGAACUUGGUGACAAAUCACGUCCUACAAUAGUUAGAAGUAGCUUAGAUAUAGCAACCAGUAAUACAGUUGUCGACUUUCUGACAGAACUUGGAUGUAGGUUGGAUUUUGAAUACAUUGCACGUGGUUAUAUGUUCCGUAAAGGUAGAAUGAAAGUCACUGUUUCCAAGAUAUUUAAAAUGGCUCAACAAGGAAAAAUGCCUGAAAGUAUGGAAGCUAUAUCUCAAAGUUAUCUAGUCGAAUUGAGUGUGUUAGCACCAAGUGGUCAAGAUGCGAUAGCAGAAGACAUGAGAAUUUUUGCAGAACAAUUAAAACCUUUAGUCCAACUUGAGAAAAUUGACUAUAAAAGGCUUGUUCAUUAAUGGAAAAAUUAUAAAACAAAUUAGUAUUGUAUUUUCAAUUAUAGUAAUAAGUUUUGU